GGUCAUAAACAGGCAAUGGUUUCAUUUGAUUUACUUCAAAGAGGGCGGGACAGCUGCAAAAUAUGUUAUCUGGCAACCGCUUUCUUUUCGCAAGCACAACCGCAAGAAGGCGUGCCACUUGAAAUCUCUCCCCUCAUUCCUUAAAGUUUCGUAUGAGCCAACCAUAUUAUAAUCAGCCACCUAGCCAGCCUUAUUAUAACCAGCAGCCUGGCUAUUACCCGCAACCACCACCAAAUUAUUAUCCUCAGCAGCCACCACCAAUGCAACCUUAUCCUCAACAGCCAGCUCAACCUUACCCUCAGCAGCCGCCGCAGACAGUCUACGUACAACAAGCUCCACCACAAAGUGACAGCUCGGGCUUCUGCGCUGCAUUUCUAGCGGGUAUGUGCUGUGGAUGCUGCAUGGAAAAUUGCUGUGAUAACAUGGUUAAUUGGUGUGAUUGAAGAUGUGUCAGCAGCUUUCCCGCUACCUUCGCUGUACUACCCUAAUUAUACGCGUACAGGGCGCACUUUUUUUUCGAUUUUUCAAAUGAGCCGCUUAGCCGCUUCAAUGUAUCUCGGGAUCGAUUUUUAUGCCGUACGAUUCCUUCAAGCAAUAUACAGCAAGGUAUAGGUCCUUUGGUUACGAAGUCCUUCGGCGUGGUUGGUCUCGUCGAUUUUGGAAAAAAUUUUCCCCGCGCCUAGUACGCGUGAAAUUAGGGUAAUUUGUUUGACAAAAAAGCCUAUGCGGUAUUAAUUGAAAUUCUGUCAAUGUCAGAGCAGUAGGAGUGUAUCCCAAUGAUGUUGUAUUCGAAGUGUUGGAACGUGAUGGAAAUGCAUGUGCCAAAAAUAUACCAAAGUAGUAAAUACAGCGGCCAUAAAGACGGCACGGAUGUCUGCAGUUGUAUGUAUUAAUCACUAACGAUGUUCUUCCCGUUACUGCUCAAGAUUCACAAUCUUAACACAUGCAUUCGUUGC